AUUUUGUACAUCAAAUAAAAAUUUUCCUCGCACCCCUCUUCUCUGCCAUGUUCAUUGAGUAUGCUUCAUUCCACUGCUUCUUUAACGACCCUUCCUUCCGAAAUCCUCAGUCUCAUCUUCACACUCUCCUCGAAUCCCUCACUCGUUCUCACCUGUCGAGAUCUCUACCAAACCCUCUCUCCUCUCUCAAGGUCAAUCGCGACCAGGAUCGACUUUCUGCUCAUUCGGUACAGGAAUAACUAUGUCAAGGCCGUCGUCAAGGGACUUCGCUGGGUGUUUUUCGACCUUGAGCUGUUGAAUGCGCUGGAUCGUGUCUAUCGAAGGGAUAUUGCACAGAAACAGGGAAGCGCACGGGAAGAGAGGCGUCCAAAGGUCCUGUCGUCGUCAGAGCUCUCUUUGAACCCAUCACGUAUCGCUCCCGUCACAUCGACCUCUGGAUCGACAGAACCGCCGCGCAAAAAGAGAAAAAAAUACCAGGUUCUGCCGCCAUCCUCUACUCCUUCACAAUCAAACGACAACAAAGAUGUAGAUUUCUCCGUCGACGACGUCAAUACAGGCAGACUCCAGGAGGAGGCUGUUAUUCCAAUCCCCAAAGACUUUCCAAUGCCCCGAUGGCUCUUUAAAUCAGGCGAGAAUAUACCACUGGUUCGCGCUCUCCUUGCACGAGGAGCAUCACCAUACCAACCAUCACAUUAUCCGCUGGUACGGGCAUCUCAGCGUGGCGAUGUCGAGAUGGUGAAGAUGCUCCUUGCAGCUGGUGCUCCACCCGAGAUGAAAGCGUUGCGAUGGGCCUGUGUCGAGGAGCAGAAUGAGGUGCUGGAUGUAUUCCUGGAGCGUGGCAUCAAGCCCGAUGGCCAAUGUUUGAGCUGGUGCGUAGAAAAGGGCAAGACCAGGAUGAUCGAUCGGCUGCUGAAGCUGGGCGUUGUACCUGAUCUGAAGACGGUACUUGGGUUCUGAAGAGGCAUUGUGCUGCAGUAGACAGUUCA